ACUGUACUCUACGGAACACACAUGCCGGUUAAAACAAUAACUACUACUCUCUCCCAUUAAACACUUGUUUAUGUUAGAGUAGUAUAAUGGCUGCUUGUGCCUUUGCUUCAAGGUUUUUCCCGCUGGUGAGAGGAAGAGUGUGCUGCAGAGCUUCAUGUCGUGCACGCCCAGCUUUCCGUGCGUUCUCGUGCACUGCAGCUCGUGCUCAAGGGUCCGGGGCUCUGACCGGGAGAGAGGACCGGUUCGGUGGAGUGACAGUGAACCUGUCUGACAGCUGUUUACCGGAGGACAUCAGUGAGAAAUCAUUCAGUAGAUUACUGAAAGAUUCUCUGGUCCAGUGGAAAUCGGAGGGGAAAGUCGCAGUGUGGCUCCGAGUUCCCAUCUCCCUGAGCCGAUGUGCCGCCGCCGCCUCUGAGCACGGCUUCUCCUUCCAUCACGCCAAACACGACCACACGGUGCUCUCCCUCUGGCUGGGGGAGGAAGAGAGCCGGCUGCCGGGGUUUGCUACUCACCAGAUCGGAGUGGCAGGUGCAGUUGUUGAUGAAUCUAAUGGAAAAGUCCUUGUGGUCCAAGACAGAAACAAGACAAUGAAUGCUUGGAAGUUCCCCGGCGGCUUGUCUGAUCUAGCAGAAAAUAUUGGUACUACUGCGGUCAGGGAAGUGUUCGAGGAAACUGGCGUUCGCUCAGAGUUCAGAUCUCUACUCAGCAUCAGGCAGCAGCACGACCUACCCGGCGCCUUUGGCAUGUCGGACAUGUACAUCAUCUGCCGACUCAGCCCUCUCACCUAUGACAUUAACUUCUGCACUCAAGAAUGUCUGCGCUGCGAGUGGCUCCAGCUUGCAGAGCUAGCUAAGACCGAGCACACCACCCCGAUCACCGCUCGUGUCGCCCAGCUACUGCUCCACGGCCUGGAGAGCGGCUUCCACAACAUCGACCUCUCCAUGGAGGUGAUUCGUGCCGUCUACUCGGGGAAGUUUUACCAGCUGUAUCACCGGCAGCUUCCUUCCACACUGAAAUCCUAGCACCCCGAUGGGGUUAUGUUGACACAUAGCUGUCAGUAUUACUCAUUUAAAGUGUAUUUAUGACUGGAAGGAUGUUUGCAGUGUGUCUGUCUUCCAAAAUAUAUUUGGAACAAUAGAGUGGUGCAAGAAUGAAUCCUAAACCUGGAUGUUAGCAUAGAGCAGUUAGCAUUGAGGAGUUAGCAUUUCGGGGUUCCUUCAUCUGGUUUGGGAUACAAGGACUAAUACAAGCUCAUGAGAUGUUCACGUUUAGUUAUACGACAACAUCAGUAAAUACCCCAGUGGUGAAUGUCUCAAGCUUCUAUGUGUCAUAAAAGCAAUAGUUGCGAACUAAAUCACUAAA